UUUCCCAGAGUCGCCAGGUGCUCUGACGUUUUCCGUGCGUGGGAAUGUGGGAGAGCGCGCGCGUGCCCGCCGCCCUUGUGGCUCCUAGUUGGGAACUGCUCAGCGUGGGCCCAGAGAGGCCGCGCUGCUCCUUCUCCCACAUUCACCGCGUGUCUUGCUCUGCAAGUGCAGUCCCAGGCCGUUUGCGAACACACGCCGCAAGCCUGCCCCCCGCUGCUUCUGUGCCUCUGCAUCUGCCGCCCGUGGGUCCCAGGAGCCGGGGACUUUUCCUGUCUCACACUCUCCGCUUGCUCCCCUUGUGUCCUGCAGAAGGGGGACGUGCUCCCAGGACUUUCCACGGUGAUGAUAGCAUUUGAAGAUCUAGCUAUGUACUUUACCUGGGAGGAAUGGCAGAAAAUGAACAAUGCUCAGAAAAUCCUGUACAGAGAUGUGAUGCUGGAGACCUACAACAGCCUGUUCUCCUUGGGGUCCUGCAUUACCAAACCUGACUUGAUCAUCAAGUUAGAGCAAGGAGCAGAGCCAUGGAUGGUGGAAGAAUACCUAAAUGAGAGCCUUCCAGUUGCCAUGAAAAGGGAUGACAUGAUUACAACCAACCAGGAAAGUCAGGACAAAAAUCUGAAUCAAGAUGUUAUGAAAAAUAGCAAGACAUCAGCUCCCAACAGAGUUGAAUUAAGAAAAAUACUUAAUUUAAGUUCAAGCCAUAUUCCAAAACUGUUUAUCAAAAAGGGAAACUAUUCAGGAUUAAAACCUGAGGAAUGCAAUGUAUGUCACAACAGGUAUCUCCCCAGUGGGCCUGAUCAACUACAGGCUGGAGAGACAUUUGAUGCCACUAAAGUACCCUGGGACUGUCUCCAGUUCUAUGAGCCUCUCAGUCAGCAUCACAAGAUUCAUAAUGUGAAGCAGCCAUUUGAACGUAUUGUACAAGGAAAAGUCUUUACAGAAAAGAUGUUCUGUAAAUCUGAGAGGGUUCAUAUGGAAGACAUCUGUAAUAAAUCAACUGUCACUGUUGGAGAGACAACUCAAAUAGAAAAAGCUUACCAUGAAAAUUCCAACCUCAGUAUGCAUCAACAAGCCAACACAAGGGAGAAAUUUUAUGAAUAUAUUAGGUAUGUUGAACCUGUCAUUUACCAAUCACAUCUUGCAAUAAAUCAGAGACUACAUAUAGAGAAAAAACCCUACACAUGUAAACUUUGUGGAAAAUCAUUCAGUUCUAAAUCCUGCCACACCACUCAUCACAGUACUCACAUACAGGAAAACCCAAAUGUGUGUAAUGAAUGUGGAGAAACUACUUACAAGAAGUCAGAUCUAAUUACACAUCAGAAAAUUCACACAUGGAAGAAACCUCAUGAAUGUACUGAGUGUGGAAAAGCCUUUUUCCAGAAAUCAUACCUCAUAGCACAUCAGAGAAUUCACACAGGGGAGAAACCUCAUGAAUGUAAUGACUGUGGAAAAGCCUUUGGCCAUAAGUCAGAUCUCAUCAAACAUCAGAGAAUUCACACAGGAGAGAAACCUUAUGCAUGUAAUGACUGUGGAAAAGCCUUUGGUCGUAAGUCAUACCUAAUAAGACAUCAGAAAAUUCACACAGGGGAAAAACCUUAUGAAUGUAAUGACUGUGGAAAAGCCUUUGGCAAUAAGUCACACCUCAUAUCACACCAGAGAAUUCACACAGGGGAGAAACCUCAUAUAUGUAAUGACUGUGAAAAAGCCUUUGGCAAUAAGUCACAACUCAUAACACAUCAGAGAAUUCACACUGGGGAGAAACCUUAUAAAUGUAAUGACUGUGGAAAAGCCUUCGGCCAAAAGUCAACCCUCAUCAUACAUCAGAGAAUUCACACAGGGGAGAAACCCUAUGAAUGCAAUCACUGUGGGAAAGCCUUUGGCCAAAAGUCAGCCCUCAUCAAACAUCAGAGAAUUCACACGGGGGAGAAACCUUACGAAUGCAAUGACUGUGGAAAAGCUUUUGUCCGUAAGUCACAACUCAGAAUGCAUCAGAGUAUUCACACAGGAGAGAAACCUUAUGAAUGUAAUGACUGUGGAAAAGCGUUCUGCAAUAAGUCAAAACUCAGAAUGCAUCAGAUAAUUCACACAGGGGAGAAACCUUAUGCGUGCAAUGACUGUGGAAAAGCCUUUUGCUAUAAAUCAUACCUUGUCUCACACCAGAGAAUUCACACUGGGGAGAAACCUUAUAAAUGUAAUGACUGUGGCAAAGCCUUUGGCCAAAAGUCAACCCUCAUCAUACAUCAGAGAAUUCACACAGGGGAGAAACCUUAUGAGUGCAAUGACUGUGGAAAAGCCUUUCUGUGCAAGUCAACCCUCAUCAAACAUCAAAGGAUUCACACAAGGUUGAAACCUUAUGAAUGUAAUGUCUGUGGAAAAGCUUUUGCCCGUAAGUCACAACUCAGAAUGCAUCUGAAAAUUCACAGAGGGAAGAAACCAUAUCAAUGUAAUGACUUGAAAAAUCUUUUACCCUCAUUGCAUAUCAUCUAAUUAAAUGGGAAGAAAUCCUAUGAAUGUAAUGCAUUUCAAAAAGCUUUUAUUCAGAAGUAACACUUCAUAAAAAUGAGAGAAUUCACAUGAGGGAGAAACCUUAUGACUGUAAUGAUCGUUGGAAAGCUCUUUGCCAAAAUCACACUAUACAACAUCAGAGAACUCACAAGGGGAGAUUUGUGAAUGUUAUAAAUGUGGGAAAGUCUUUUGUCAGAAGUAAUACCUCAUAACACAUCAUGGAAUUCAAACAAGAGAGAGACUUUAUGAAUAUAAUGAAUGUGGAAGGGCUUUUUUCCAAAGUCAAUACAACCAUUGUGACUAAGCCUUUUACUGGAAAUCACACCCCAUACAACAGGGAUUGCCAUAAAGGGGAAAGGUUAUAAAGUUUAUUAUUGUCACAAAAAGCCAUUUGUCAGAAAUCAGUAAUUAUAAAUCAGAGCAUUCACAAAGGGGGUUUCUUAGGAGUGUAAUACAUGUGGAAAUUAUUCCCUGGAAUUCAGGCUUGCAUAAAUAUAGAAUUCACUAAAGUUGAUGUCCUUCAAAUGAAGCAAAUAUGAGAAAACCCUUAGUCAGAAAUUAAACAUCAACAACACCAGAGAAUUAAUAAAGAAAAAAAACAAUUUAAUGAAUGUGAAAAAAUUUCCCUGCCACAAAUCAGUUGUCAAUUCACAUGAAGAGACUCAGAAAUGAGAAAACAUUCAUACAUAGAAAAGUUUUGUACCAUGAGUCAUCUCUCAAUUGUUAACUGAGAACUUGCACAAAGGAAAAAUCCUAUGAAUGCAUUACAAUUGGAAAAACCUUUACUGUAAGGCAAACUUCCACAAAACAAGAUUACAGAGAGAAGCUCUGAAAAUGUAAUGUGUUUAGAAUUCUUUGCUGGAAUCACACCUUUGCAAGUAUUAGGCAAUUCACAUGAUGAAUUGUGAUAUAGAGUGGUUAACCAUUCUUCAGAAAUUCUUUUUCGUAUGCAACCUGUAGUUUUUGUUUCUCAUUGUGAUUGGAACCAAGUAUCUGAACUGUGCGCUCGUGUAUAAAUUUUGAUAAGAAAUAUUUUUAAAAAUUGCAACAGUUGAGCAACAGUUAUUGCAAUAUUUAUUUGGAAUACCAUCUUCAUCAAUUACAAAGUUAUUUGAUGAAUAGCAGUUUUGUUGUCUACCCAGGAUUCUUUCCCCACAUUAUUGUACUGCAAACCAGUGAUGUGUCCAUAGGCAUGUCAACUGACACAUGUGGCAGCCAUAAUACUGUACUCCAGCCUAGCAUGGUGAGUAUCAUGUCCAGCAAAAGGGAAUGAGCUUGUGGUGACCUGUGUACUCAUGAGAAAUUUCAACUUAUCUGUGUGCACAUCUGGAUUAGACUACACUACCCAAGGUCUAUUUGAAUAUUCAAGUAGGUAUUGUUGCACACAUCACCCUCAUUCUUCACAGGGACAACCUCAAGUCUUAAAAAUUGCAAUACUCCUUAUUUCCUGAAUCUUCCUGUAUUACUGAGUAUAUAAUCCCUUUUAAGUCUUUCAUUCCUGUUCCUCCUUUUCUAAUUUUCUUUCCUCACUUCCCUAUUGCCCAGAGACAAGAACUUGGAAUAAAUAAAUAAAUCUUUAAAAACAAAAGGAAAAAUAUUGCAUGUAUACUUGCAAAAAUUGUGCAUUCUCUUUCUGAAUGAAUUGAGGUAAGUGAGUGAGUGUGUGUGUUCUAUGUUUUUUCAGUGUGUUUUACUUGUUCUAUCCUUUAUUCCAAGUGCUAUAUUGUCAUUUUCAGGUACUGCUAUUGUCCAGUCCACUCUGUUUAUCUUUGUUCUUUUUUCAUUAACUGUUCCACAUGUUUCCUUAGAAAUAUGUGUUUCUGUAAUUGUAUUUUGACCAUAUUUGUUGAUGUUUUU